UUUGUCAAUAAACAAGAUGUGGACAAACAUUUCAUGUAGUCUUUAACACUAAUAUUUAAGAUAAAAUUAACAUUAUUAUUUAUAAAUUUCGAAAAAAAUUGUUUGAAAAUGGAAUCAUGCGAUAGCUCUGUAUAUGAGUACGAUUUGGAUGAGAAUGAGUUGGAUAAUUUUGAAUAUUCAAUACCUCCACCAGAAGGUUCACCACCAUCAUUAGAUAGCGUUUUGCGAGAAUUAACUGAUGACGAAGAAACUCCAGAAAAAUUGUUUUUAAAAGCCCCUUCAACAACAUCCAGCAGUUCAACGAAGAAUGGAAAUUCUGUGGAAAACUCUCUAUUACACCAUGUAGUUUUGCAAGGAAUUACAUCACAGUUAUUUUCAGCAAAUGAAAGAAUUGGUGCCGGUUUACCUACUUCUUUAGCUGCAAGUGCAGCUGGUAUCGUGUGUAUUGGAACUGCACACGGAAUUGUGCUUGCUUUUGAUUCUGCUCAAGCAUUACGAUGGUGUAGCCGAAAACCAGAUUAUGGAGCAUUAUCUGCUCUAUGUUUGAAUACUGAUGCAACUAGAUUACUUGCUGGCUACGAACGAGGACAUAUCGAUAUGUUUGAUGCGCAAUCUGGAGAUCCAUUACGUUCAAUACCCGAUGCACAUGCACCAUACACAGCAGUAUUACAUUUAAGAUUUGCUGAUUGGCCAAAUUUGGCAUUCUGUGCUGAUUCUGCAGGAUGUGUGUUUUCGUUAAAAUUUGGUCGUCGAUUAGGAAUUCGUUCGUGGGAGUCCAAAUGUUUAUUUUCUGGUGCUAGAGGAGAAGUAUGCGCUUUAGAACCGUUAGUUAAUUGCGAUACCGAACUUAGACCUCACGUUUUACUUGCAAUGGCCACAUUAUCUAAAAUAAUAGUUGUAUCAGUUCGUCCUCGUUUACGUAUCGUUUUCACUUAUUUAUUAACAGGAAGUACGGCAUAUCUACCAUUAAUUGCAUGGCAACCUCUAGGUCCAAUAUUAGCGUUUGCACGUGGCGUUGAUCUAUAUUUAUAUCGUCUUGGUACAAACGCUGGCGCAAUAAGAGCUUUACCAUUGCGUCGUAAAACUUUUCCAAAGCCAUUAAGGGCAGUGCAUUUUUUAAGUGCUCGUGUAUUAUCUUGUUUAGAUUCUGAUGAAAAUAUGAGAAUAUUAGACACUCGUACCUUGGUAUUACGCGAAAGUACCGAUUUAUCUAGUGUGGGUUUAGUAUACGCUUCAGCACAUUUUAAAGCUUUAGCUACUGGUGGAUGUGUAAGUCCUGCUUUAGCUAGAGCUGGAGAAUAUGCUUGUUAUGGUAGUUUAUCGGCGUGUGGACGACGAUUGCUUGUUUUGGGCGUACGUGGGCUACAUGCAAUUAGUGUUAGGACAGCGAGCGAACGUUUAAAAUAUUUACGAGAUGCGGGUAAAUGGCCAGAUGUAUUAAAAUUAGCAUCGAUUUCGGGCAGUCGUGAUUUUACAAUACAACUUAUUAAGGAAUAUUUAUUACAAAAUAUGACUAGAGAUGGACUUGCAGCUGCUGUACAGUGUUGUAUAACUUUAAAUGACGAAAAUUUAUUAUGUGGUGAAGUUUGGGAAAGAUCAUCAGAAAACGCAACAUAUGAAACUUGGUACUUUAGUAUAAUUGAAGAGCAUAUAACAGCUGGGCGAAUCACAAAUUUAGCACCGAUUGUCGCUCAAGCUUUAGUGGCAUUCCAUGAAAAAAAUAACACUUUAGUACAAUUAGAGAAUUUAUUACCGUCAUUAAAUGUAGCAUGUUUAGAUCUUCAUCAAUUAUUGUCUGCGUGCCGGACUUACGGUUUAUACACAAUUACAUUAUGGUUAAAUUCUACUGCCCUACAUGAUUAUGCUGGACCAUUAACGGAGCUAUUACCAUCAAUUGAAGGGGGUAAUGAACGUCUGGGUAAUGCUUUAUUAGUUUAUGUAUCAUGUUGUUUAGCUGGUCGGGCGUAUCCACGAGGAGAAUUGCCUACCGAUUGUGCUAUUCGAGCAAAGUCGGAGGUAUUAUGUUAUCUAUUAGCGAAACCAUGCAGACUAUUGUGUGCAUUAUUAAAACAUGAUGCUCAUGCGUGUGUAAGCGUGUUUGAAUUGGCAUUUGUUGAACCAGAUUUUUCUGGUGAACUUGGUCAAUGUCGUCGUCAAAAUGUAGUUAAAUUACUAUUAGAAAUAGCUGAACCAGGUGAUCAACGGAACGCUGUGUUAGGUUUAAUAUGUCGCGGUAUUUUAGCCAACACAUUACAAAAGAAUGACGAACUCUUAAAUGCAAUACAAUCAUGGCUAAGUGAACCAAAUGGAAGUCCACAAAAAGAACAACUUUGGCUCGAUCUAUUAACAUCGAAUGCUUUGUCACAUUUAAGCAAUGAUGAGAUUAUUGAUAUUGCAAACAAAGCGAAAUGUUUUCGUGUCAAAGAAUUGAUAUUAGAACGUACUCAAGAUUAUAAUCAAAUAAUGGAAUGUUAUUUAAGUGAUGAUCAUCGUAAAAAAGAAAUAUUUAAUUAUAUGCGAAGACAUUCACAAUCACCACAUCGUGAAAUUCGUACACAAUUAUUAGAUCGUUUCGAAGAUUUAUUGGAUAUUGAUAAAAAUGAAACGUUACGCAUUGUAGCGGAAUUAUUUCCAGAAUUAGUUGUACCGUUGAGUGAGAAAUUGGUAUAUCAAACAGACAUUUUAUUGCAAUUAUUGUGGGUAGCUGUUAAAACUGGAGCACCAGUAUCGGUACAUUUAGCAUCCAUUGCUCAAGAAGCUGGUGAUUAUGAAUUAGCUGCUAGACUUUUAGAAUCAUCUGGUGAUUUAGCUGGAGCAUUGAAUUUAUUGUUAAGUGGUGGGGCAGCACCCGAAGCGGCAGCAUUAUGUGCACGUGCACCAGAACCAGCUAGUUUAUUAGGAACAGUUUCAGAUCCAAAAUUAUUGAGUCGAUUAUUAAAAGCAACAUUAACUGAUUGUGCUUAUGAAACCUUAUUGUAUGAAACGACUUGUAAAUUAAUCAGCUUGGAUUUACAUAAAAGUCUAUCCAACGAAUUAAAACAAGCUAAACGGGGUAAAUAUGUAGCAUCAGGUGUAACUGGAUGUUUAUAUCACAAAACGAAUGAUUGUAUAAAUAAUGUACCUUCCAAACAAUCUUCAAUAUCACAAAAAGAAGAAUCGGAUUUAAGUAUAUUUUAAAUAGGCAAUUUUUAAAAUUGUGUUUAACAAACACAAAAUGUUUUACCCUUAACGAUAGUUUUCUUUUCUAAACAUAAAUGUGUUUGUUAAUCGCAACUUUAAUUAUUAGACUCUACUUAUCAAAAUAGAAUAAUAUUUAAAAACAUCGUCAUUAAGUUGAAAAAGUCAUCAUCGUCAUGAAAAAGAAAUCUGAUAAUGUGUGUCAAAUUUUUUCAGGAUAAAAAGUAUUUACGUAUGUAACAGUGGAUGUAGAUUCUUUGAAAUUAUGGAGGGUAGAGAUAAGAAGAACCAUCUCUGUAAAUAAAAUCUUAGUGUAUCAAAAAGUGUUCGUCGUAAAGCAUUAAAUGAGGAUGGCGCUAUUGUAGCUAAAGUGUACAUUUUAAAAGAAGUCCUCAAAAUAAUAAUAGUAGGAUAGAGGACAAAACAAGUUAUUAGAGAAGGAUAGAGAAGUUCACAUCAAACACCCUUUUGCUACACAAGCACCAUUCUAGCCACUUUAUUUAAUGAACCAAAAUUGUAGGUUUUUUUACGAGGAACAAUUUUCUAAUAUAAAUUUUUUUCUAUCACGUAUCAGUUAAAAAUUAAGCUGGGUAUACACGUAACGGUAUACCUGUGCCGAUUUUGGACCACUUGAAAGUUAACAUUCGUCACGUUAUUGUCGAGAUUCCUUUAUUUUUAAUAAUAUGCUAUCAAAUGCAAUUAUAACUCCUGCGAACCAUUUUUUUGUUUUUAUGUCUUUCAUUAGGGUCAUGGAUACCUAUACUAAAACUUAUUUCAAAAUGCAGGAUUUCAUUAUAUCUCCGAAAUUUUCGAACACAUAUCUACAAAAUUUUCAAACAAGAAUAAGCACCGAUCAGGAUUUCAUGUAUUUUGUAAGACAUGCAAUUUCAAAGAUGGCGACUGUUAAAUAUAUUCUGUAAUACAACAAAAACAAUAAUUGCAGAAAUACUACAAUAAACGAAGCUUAAAAUGAGUAUUAUUUUGAAAAUAUUUGACUAAUUCGAGAUUUUUUUGGUACUUCAUGUAAAAGUGCGAGCUGAUCACGGGAAAAUGUUAAACAAAUUCUAAACAUGUCAAAAUAUUUUCAAAACUCCGUUAUAGUAUAGAAAGGGAAUAUUUCGUUAAAUAAGCUUUUUUGA